UCGUUCCGAUUCAAAUCCGUUCCCCUCUCUCUCUGUCACUCUCUGCUGUAUCCUGUAAACAGGUCAAAUAUUUUCUACAUCUUUCCCUCCUUUUAUUCUUUCUAUCUUCUCUACUCUCUGCUUCUCUCGAUCUCUUUCUGCUACACACUCUCUCUCUAGAUUUUCCAGAUUUCUCUCUGUGGACUCACUUUGUCUAUCUGACUUGUAUAGUACCGGAAGCCAUGGACGGCGGUGCGUCGUACAACCCGCGUACGGUCGAGGAAGUGUUCAGAGACUUCCAGGGUCGGCGAGCGGGCAUGGUUAAAGCCCUUACUACCGAUGUUGAAGAGUUUUACCAGCAGUGCGAUCCAGAGAAGGAAAAUCUCUGCCUCUAUGGUUUUCCUAGUGAGCAGUGGGAGGUCAAUUUACCUGCUGAAGAGGUGCCCCCUGAACUUCCAGAGCCUGCAUUGGGUAUCAACUUUGCCAGAGACGGGAUGCAAGAAAAGGACUGGUUAUCUUUGGUUGCUGUCCAUAGCGAUGCUUGGUUGCUAUCCGUGGCUUUUUAUUUUGGUGCUAGGUUUGGGUUUGACAAAGCUGACAGGAAACGCCUUUUUAACAUGAUAAAUGAACUUCCCUCCAUAUUUGAGGUUGUGACAGGGUCAGCCAAGAAACAGGGGAGGGAAAAGUCAUCUGCCUCGAAUCAUAGCAGCAAUAAAUCUAAAUCAAACCCCAAGCGAGGCUCUGAGUCGCAGGGCAGAUAUUCAAAGGCCAUGCAAUUGAAAGAUGACGAUGAGGAUGGAUUGGAUGAGGAAGAGGAUGAGGAGCAUGGGGAGACCCUAUGUGGGGCUUGUGGAGAGAACUAUACUUCUGAUGAGUUCUGGAUUUGCUGUGACAUCUGUGAGAAGUGGUUCCAUGGUAAGUGUGUUAAGAUCACCCCAGCUAGGGCAGAGCACAUUAAGCAGUACAAAUGCCCUCCUUGCAGCAACAAGAGAUCACGGGCCUAAUUGCGGGUUGGGAGUUAAAUGAUCUGUGUAUUGUGAAAUGAUGGACUGCCAACUGUGUGGUAGGUCAGGUUUGUUCUCCAUCAUGGGGUUUUAGGAUAUCUAUUUGGAAAAGUUUGUGUAGGUCGCAGUGUGUUAUUUACUAAUUGUAAAAUUAGGAUGAUCAGGUUGAGAAUUAUGGCCUCUCUGCCAUUGGGAGGAACAGUAUUAGUUUUAUGUUUGCUGAGUUAAAACAUGAUAUAUGGAAUCUACAUUCAUUUCUUAAGUAAAUUUU